UGGAAUAGGUACCAACGAGGUAUACAUGCUGCUAGCAGGCCAGUUCACGCUCUCCCGGCGUUCGAUGCGCACACGCAUACCGCACCAGUGACAACCCUAGCGUAACCCCGCCCCGAAAAUAUCGAUGUUGCCAGCGUAUGUGAUAGUAUUUGUGAAAGUUGCAAGUGUAAUGAAAAGCUCUGAAAAUGAUCGAGUCUAAUGUCUGCGGUACCACAACAAAUGCAGACGAAACACCAAAACAUUAAAAUGAGACAGAUAAAGGAGUUGGAGCACGCAUUAAACAAAAUGGCUGCCAUUAGAAAAUAUGUGAGGACAGUAUUGUGACAGUAAUCGUUAACCUUAGAACAAUGACGGAAGCGGCUUCGUCUUAUGAAAUGCAAUCUCGGAAUGAAGAACAAAAAGAUGGGAAGCCAAAACCAGGGCUGUCAGCCGGUAAAAUAUUCUACAAACCAGGAGUUAUUGAGGAGGAGACGGAUGAAACGAGUGCUUUCGAGAGCUCGGUGGUUGACACCCCUAUGCUCGGCGUGGCAUUGAGUGGUAGCGGGUUUUUGAGGCCACCCCAAAUAUAUCCAUCGAGCAGUCUGCACAGGAUACCCACGUACAGCAGCUCUAUCGGACAGAGCACUAUAUACAGACAGGAUACUUGCAGGAGUCGAUCUCAUAGACAUGGUGCAACAAGACGAGCGAGGCGACGAGCCAUUCUCAAAAAUGGAGAGUGUAAUAUACUCAAGUCUAAGAUCUCGCAGCGGCGGCUGAGGUUCCUUCAGGAUAUGUUCACAACACUCGUGGACGCACAAUGGCGAUGGACACUGCUAGUAUUCACACUCUCCUUCAUCUUGUCCUGGCUGGGAUUCGCAUUGAUCUGGUGGCUGAUAUCAUUCACACACGGAGACUUAGAGCCGGACCACCUGCCACCCAUGCAGGAAACGUCUAACUGGAAGCCGUGUGUGUUCAAUAUCUACGACUUUACCUCCUGCUUCCUGUUCAGUAUUGAGACGCAGCACACUAUUGGUUACGGCUCGCGUACUACUACCGAAGAGUGUCCCGAAGCAAUAUUCAUUAUGUGUUUACAAAGUAUUGUUGGUGUGAUGAUCCAAGCCUUUAUGGUUGGUAUAGUGUUCGCUAAGAUGACGAGACCCAAGCACAGAACACAGACGCUGUUGUUCUCAAAGUACGCAGUAGUGUGCCAGCGAGACGGUGAGCUGUGCUUGAUGUUCAGAGUGGGCGACUUGAGGAAGUCGCAUAUUAUUGGAGCCAGUGUACGGGCGCAGCUGAUACGAUCUCGAACAACCAAGGAAGGUGAAGUCCUGUCUCAUUACCAGACGGAACUGGAGCUCAACGCAGAUGGCUGCGACAGUAACUUAUUCUUCAUUUGGCCCAUUACGAUGGUACACAAGAUAAACGCUGACAGUCCGUUCUAUGGUGUAUCUGCGGCGGAUGUGUUGCAAGAGCGAUUUGAGAUUGUAGUUAUUUUGGAGGGAACGAUUGAAUCUACGGGUCAGACAACUCAGGCUCGCUCCAGUUACACGACCAGUGAAAUAAUGUGGGGACACAGGUUUGUCCCGUUGGUGACGUACAAUCGUGAGCGCCAAGGGUACGAGGUGGACUAUUCCAAGUUCGAGGAGACCAUGCAAGUGGACACGCCGCUGUGCUCGGCCAAGGAGUUGGACGAGUUCUACGGCAGUCAGGGUGAUCGUAGAUCGAUCGAAAGCGGGGACCACCACCUCAUGCUGAAGAUGCCAGAUCGCGAGCCACACGAGCCUAAAGCCGAGCACAACGACGGAGACUUUACCGUCACCCUUUAAAUUAAGAAAAGUAUUGAACUGAGAAGAUCGUUCGAAUGAGGGUCGUCGCACCUGAAUGUAGGGACCAUAGACGCUAAGGGGAACGAAGGUCGCUUGUCCAAUAGACAAAAUGUUAUUGGACAUCAUAUUUUUUUGAAUAUAGAAUGUGUGGACGCCAUUUACUGAGGAAAAAACAAUAAACCUCAUUGCAAUAAUGUUCCAAGAUGUGACGUUUGAGAAAUUUGAAAAUGGAAGCGCGUAAUGUCUUGGUGUGCGUCGGUUGGCUUGUUUGCAACCGUCGAAAACAAACGAUAAACGAAAUGUUCGUCUGAAUAAUUUCAUUUAAGAUUUACGUAAUUAAUUUUAGUUAGAUUUGUGAAUAUGUAAAAGUACAUAUUAUUUGUUUUAAGUUAGAGUCUCGAUUGUAACGUCAAUGUUACCAUGUUAUGAUCUGAAUAGAAGAAUUGUUGGGUAUUAAUAAUUAAGAGAUUAUUAUGUUUGUAUAAGUUAUUUGAAUGAUAUCGAAUCAUGAAAAAGAUCUGGUAUACUAUUAACGCUGUUAAGUAGUUGUUUAUAAUGUUUUACAAAUAACCCAGUGCCACUAGUCAGCUUUAAGAUUAUAGAACAACAAAUAAUAAUGUAGAUUUUUCACAGGUUGUGUUAAAAAACGUCAAUUUUAUAAACAUUCCAGUUGUAUACGUGCAAUUUUAUUAUUAAAUAUAUUAAUGAUAAGUUUAAUUUGUAUUUCACUGCUUUAAGACCUUUAUUGUGAUAGUUAUGACCCGAUUACCGACCACGAAAGUCCUUUAAAUAACCAAUUAAAAGGAAUUCUUUAAAUCUUUAAGAGGUACAUAGGACUAUAGGUACAUUCCUUUUUAGAAAAGUAACCUUAUUAAAGGGUCGUAAGGUAGAUAAUUGUGUUAAACAUAAUAUGUGUAUUUGUAUAUUGUAAAUCGUUGUUCAAUAAUAAUAAUAUUUUAAUAGUAACGAACAAUAAGCAUGUGUUGUCACGUUUUGUGUUGUUUUAUGUAAAUAUUGAAUGAAUAAUUAUUUAUGUUGUGACGUU